UAUUCUACGGGUUUUGUAAUUUGUAAUAGCAACUACUUUGUAGGGUAAAAUAUCUUAAAUAUCAUUAAACUUUGAUAAUUAGGGGGAGAGUAUAGACUUCUUUUCCCUCAACAACCUUUUUCGUCGAAAUGGCCAACAAAGGCUCAGAGGUGGCUAACGCACAGUCGCAAGCGGAGUCAGACGCAGAUGAAGGAGACAAGGAGGGAUCUAGUUCAGAUUGGUCUUCUCAUUCGCUUUCCAUCUUUCAGCUGAAGCCUGUCACUAAGUCCACCAGGAGGAAGUUAGGCUUCGCUGUUCUUUCCCCUAAAGUCAGUCAUUUCACCAAGCAAGCAGUGGGUUCCGAGAGUUUGAGGCAGAGGAUGCGUACAGAGCACAAUGAAAGGUAUUUCACAGUCAAAAGACAAUACCCAAAAGAGGAAGGUGAGUUUCUUGAAACUGAAAAUACAGAGAACGAUAUUGUGGGUCUUGAACAAGAGACUGAACUGCAUUCGUCCAUUACUGUGCGUCAUAUGGAAGCUUUUCAAGCUGUGUUUGGGCAGAUUUCAUGUGAACAUGUGUUUGUGAUUGGGAGAAGUGAACAGAAUGUGAACAUUGAUUCUUUGGAGGAAGCCAUCAGAGGUCCAAAUGUUUCUUUGUUGUGGUUUGGAUCUGGGAAUAGUGUUAUGAGACAAGAGUCUCACUUUUCUUGUUGAUUCUCA